GCCCCCCUCACCCAGCCAUAUGUACAUCCAUCCAUGUACCAAUUGCAAGAGAAUGAGCGGCUUGCUACACACGUGUGGGACGCUCAGUCAGUCGGCAGCUCUGCUACGGCCUGGUGGUGCCUUGUCGCCUUGGGCGGCUCGGAUACCUGACGACACACACAUACACACGCACACACUGGACACCCAGCGCGCAAUGCAAGGCACUCACCUGCCCCAGCCUGUCCCUCUCCGUACCGCAUUAGUGCCGACGCCUACGUAGAUGGUGAAGGUGCUGCUCGAGCUGUCGGGAAGCAGCUUCAGAAUGGCGUUGCGGAUCGACCUGCGGCUGGCCGACACUAUCACACGCUCGAGGCCCCGCACGCUGCUCACAAUAGACGAGACGCCGUCGCAGAUGCGCUUGGCAGCGUCACGAGUCCCCAUACCGUCAGACACUGACGGAAAUCGACACAGACAAUGCAGCAAUGCACAAAUGAGGUGAGCCGGCACACCAGUUAUCGGACUAAAUGCAUACCUGCAAAGUGGAUGUCUAUCUGGUGCAUCACUGGGAGGCUCUCCCACCCCCUCCAGCCAUCAGUGUAGCCCACUCCCGCUGGACCGACAUAGACCAUGUGCACCUCCCUUUCACUCCCCAGCGCCUCAAGCAUGCCGUUCUUGUCCUCUGCCCCGACAGCCGAGCCGAAGACCACCUCGUUCACCUCCCUGGGCAUCUUCUCCGCCAGCAGGCUCCCCGCAGCCCCGCCCAGAGCGCUGCGGACCUCCAGCGCCUUGGCCGCUGGGAAUGGCUGCAGGUGGUCGAUGAUAGUGGGUGUGGGGGCGGGGGUGCCGGGUGGGGGAGCGAAGCCAUCGGCGUUGGCGACCGUCACAAAACGUGCCUUGUCGAAUGUGAGGGUCUCUGCGAUCUCAACGGCCGCCUGACUGGGGCUGUCGCCGGGGUGGGUGAUCUCAUGCUGGCUGAUGGUGUACUUCACUUUGCUCGCCCCCCGUGCCGCCUCCUGCAUGGCCUUCUUGAUGAAGGGGGAGAGGGAACGGCUCAAGUUGUCGGCAUGGAAGACGGACAGCUCGAAGUAGCCAGAGAGCCUUUCCCAAGGUCUCAUGGUCUCACUCGCCGGCAGCACGGUGAUGUCGACCUCAUGCGGCACGCAGCAUUUGUCGACCAGGCUGUCGACAGUGAGGAGGGUGGGGAGGGUGCUGUGGUCGACAGAUGGUGGGAUCUCCAGGUUGAGGCUCUUGAGCGUCUUGCGAUAGCCACGGGACGUGAGUGCAGCCUACAAGGAAAGAGACAAGACCACCAUCUGACAUGCGCCCGGAUGAGGCCUCUCCUGCGUGAUGAUUUACCCACCUCGAGUCGCGUCAUUCCCUCCUGGUACCACUGGAGGCCUAUUGCGGACCCCCAGUAGUCAUGGUGAAUCACUCCGAUGGAAUGCAGCUUUCUCAGCGGCCCUGGCUGCUCAGGAGGCGCCAUCGGCACGUGCUCAAACACAGUGGCCCACUGGGCCCACCGCCUGCCCGGCAGGCUCCCGCCCACCUCCUGUAGCGACACUGACGUGCUGAUGAACCGGCCGAGCUCGGCACCAUCCCACCCCGAGAUCAACACACGCUCGAGUGCGGGCAUCUUCCAUCCCGUGUCGGCCAGCACACUGUGCUGUUGGACGGCACCUGUGAUCGUCCUGAGUGCCGGAAGCGUCAGGGGCUCAAUUUGAGGAGACGAGGGAGGCGGGCAGGGGCGGCGAAGAUGAAUCUUUGGACGCCUUGGACUACGCCACCGGCGUCCAGAAGGCCUUGCCCUCGGUAUACUGCCGUGGCGCACGUAGCAGUCGUAUAUGUGGCGGUAGUCGAUGGGGAUGAUGAUGAAUUCGAUGCUCUCCAGACUGCCCUCAGCCAUGUGCUGCUGCCCCUCCUUCUCUCGCGCCUCCCGGCGCCCGCCCGCAUGGCCCUCCACGAUGCUGAUCAUGCUGUCGAGACACCACAACUCGUCCCGCUCUGGCUGCACCAGGGUGAUUGCUGUCAGGUUGACCAGACGCUUGCCGAGCUGGAAUGCCUCCUCAGGCGUCAUGCUGUCCCAAAACUGGUCCUCUGCAUCGGUCGAGUUGUCUAUCGUGAUGUGUGUCUGCUGUUGAAGGGCGGCCGUGCGGAUGGCGGAGGGGCUGCUCGGUGCGGCACCACCGGAUGAUUGCUGCGCGAAGGCCGCCUCGCCAAACGGGCUGUCGCUAGUUGACAAUGACUCCCUACUGAAUUGAGACGACGCCGCCACACCUGAGCGGCCCACACACAGGCAGUCAGGAUGCGUUUGACCCAUCCAUCCAUCCAUCCUCCAUCCAUCCAUGUGUGUGUUACCCCCUGAUAUCACGCACCAGUGCCUCCAAAGAUGCGGCCGCCGAACUUGCUAUCUAUCCCUCUGCCAAUGCCAAUGCCGGUGCCACUGAACGGGCUGCCCGUCGAUCCGACUCCACCGAGAGGAGAGCCACCACCCGACGCUGCCCCAGCACCAAAAGGAUCACCUCCUUCCCCUGUGGGUGCGUUGCCGCUGCCGAGUGGGCCGCUGGCGGGUGUGGUUGUCGGCUGUGCUGUGCAUGCUCCUUUCGCAGGCGCCACGAGAUUGGCACUCUGUGUCUGGGAGCUGUCCCGGGACCGGUCUACCGGGGCUGUGGGGGUGGGGGCGGUGGUGGUCGAGAGAGGCGAAGGGGCGGCGCUUGGGGCAUUGAAUGAGACGCGAGUCGGUGGUUUGGGUACGGGUAUGGCUGCGGCAAAUGUGAGCAGCGAUGAGGCGGCGCCGUCUGAUGACGCAGCAGCACUCGACAGGCUCCCCUCUCCUAGUGAUGUGCUCGACAGGGAUGAUCCGACAGACAGAAAGGAUACCGACGGCGCAGCCGGCAGCGACCCAUUGGCGGCCGUGUCCUCAUUGGACGCCGCCGUCGUGAUGCGGAAAAAGAAGGCGUCGGGAUCAAAGAGCAGGGCUGUGGGUCGAGGGGGCGCGAAGAUGGCCGACACUUCGCAAGGCGUCAGGAAGCUGAACAGUGUCGGCAGAGGUCCGUCGGGGCCGUCGCCAAGACGGUCAGGGGCCUGGAACAGACCCACGACCAACAGAGAGAAAGGAGGCAGAAUGAGAGUGGGUUGUGAACUAUGUGUGUGUUGUGUGUGGCUAUGUGUACCUUCGUGCUAACAUCCCAAACCUCCACACAAACAACCAACACACACACGCACCAAAGACACACAUCAAAGGGUGGGUCCGCGGGCUUCCUGCUGAGGUGUGUUUGCCUACCCCGGGUGGCUGUGGGUUGGUGUUUAUGGGCGCGUUGGUCGUGUACGGCACCACCUGCUUGAACUCCUCCCGGCCGCCGACCUCCCUCAUGUACAACAUGCUCCCUUUGCUGGUCUCCUCGGUGCGAUGGACGUCGGCCUUGAGCCACACAUAGCUCUCAUUGGCACCCCUUCUGGUGCCCGACGUCAGCAGCACACGAGUGCCCUCCCGGUAACGACUACUUGCAGAGUGUGGCAUCACCUGGUGGAACAAACAAACAAACAGACAAACAGACAGACAGACAGACAGACAGACAAACAAACAGACAAACGAACGAACGAAUGCUUUUUUUUUUGAUGAAUAGAUGAGUGAAUGACUGAGUGUGAUGGCACAUCAUGCCUGUGUGUAUUGUGCCUUCAUUCACUUCUGCCGCUGAAUGGAUGAAUCAUUCGUGUGCUGUGCCUUCACUCACCUCUGCCUGAGGCGAAGCAGCAGAUGAAGAUGAAGAUGAAGCUGCUGUUGCUGCUGCCAUGGCUACUCUCAAACACUGUGAACGAAAAGAGCACAGACGUGCGCAUCCACUCUCGGCGUGCACUCUUGUCUUUCAUGUGAUGCCUACCAGCGAGAUUCGUUAAUUAGAACACGUGCAGCAGCCGCCAUUGGCCACCAUGACGCGUGGUUGCUGUCUGCCUUUGUCCCGUUUUCGCCGUCGCUUUCAGCUUUUCUUGCUCCAGGAUGCCUCCAGGUGCACUGUUUGCUCUUGAUCUCUUCAAAGGGCGGCUGUCAUGG